GCUGAAGAUGAGGUAGAAGAUGAAGAGGAAGAAGAGGUAGGCAAUGAUAUAAGAUCUUCUAACUCCAUUUGUUCAAUUUCUGUUGGUUCUACUGAUAUGUUUUUAUUGACCUUUUCUUUUCUAACUUUUAUUCUUAUUUCUGUAAAGUAG